AUGACAACUUUAGUAGACAGAUUACCGAUUGUUCAGUUAUUAACAGUUAUUCUACCACGAGCAUCAUUGCCUCAAAGCGAUGAAAUUAUCGAUGAUAAUGACAAUUCAGUGGAUCAAUUGUCUGAUCGAUAUGAGCAAUCUCGUUUGAUUCAUGGCAAUGUAUGUGCUGGCGCUGUUGUAGUGCUCUGGCUGGGUGAGAAACACUCGUCACUGAGAGCUGCUCUUAUUGAAUAUUUGAUACCUAAAGAUAUAACUUUAAUUCUCUUCUCGACAAAAGAACAAUUGUGGAAUUGGUUAAAUAUCUAUUCUUCAGUAAGGGUUGCUUCUCUGAUGAUUGAAACAAAUACUAAUAUUCAAAAUAUUGUGUCCCACACUCAUGCGUACAAAAGUAUUCGUUCUAUACUUAUCCGUUGUAGGACGAAUGAAUUAACAAUGUUGGAAAGAUUUUCAAGAUCUUAUAUAAAAAUUGAUGGUAUCUUUGCUGAUGAUACACGUCUUCUAAUCAAAUUAAUCAUCGAUCUUGCACUUUUCUCGGAAGAAAUAGGUGAUCAACAAAGAGAAGAUGAAAAUAAUGAAUUAGAAGCUCAACGAAACUAUGAUCGUGCUCUUAAGCUUUGUGCAAUAGUGAAGAAACUUUAA